UGCGCCAAGGCCAAGAUUGUGAUAGUUUGAAAGAUGGCGUCGCUGAGGAAUAGUGCGAGGUUCCUUGGACUAAAGGCGACGUCUGGCAGCCCAUUAAUGCUACAAAGAAACACCGAAUUGCCUAAAGCUGCACGACUUCUUCGUGUCCUUAGUAGCAGAUCACUCGAGUUUUCACGUUCAUAUGCGUCAGAAGAGAGAACAAGGGGCACAUUUCUCUCAAAACUCUUAGGCCAAUCUGUUUCUCCGCACACUGCUGCACACUCUAAAGUACUCACUGAAAGUCUGGCUUUGUAUGAAUUGCAGUUUCAUUAUGUAAAACCAGAGUGUAUGAGUGACUAUCUGGAUUUAGUGUCAGAGGUAAACCCGAAGCUUGAUAAAAAUGAAAAUUUCCCUGGAAAGCUGAUUGGAAGCUGGACUACACAAUAUGGAGAGUUGGACCAAGUUGUUCACCUUUGGAGUUAUCAAGGAGGAUAUAAAUCAGCAAGUGACGCAAAGAAUUUCCUUGCCACUGACAAGGAAUUUUUAGAGACAGCCAAGAAACGAAGCCUUUUACUUAGGCGACGAGAAAAUCAACUACUGCACGAAUUCUCUUUUUGGGGUCAGCCUCAGUUUAGGGACCCAUCACAUAUUUAUGAACUGAGAAGCUACUCUUUGAAGCCUGGUACACUGAUCGAAUGGGGGAAUAAUUGGGGGUUGGCAAUCAAGAUUCGACAGGACGAUGCUGUUGGAGGAUUUUUCUCUCAAAUCGGAGACCUGUAUCAAGUCCACCAUAUAUGGGCCUACAAGGAUCUCAGCCAUCGCAAGACAGCUAGAGAAAUUAUGUGGCAAGAACCCGCCUGGGGAGACUGCGUUGCUAACACUGUACCACUUGUAAAUCACAUGGGAUCGAGGAUUCUGGUACCGACCUCUUUUUCACCAAUGCAAUAAACAUUUGAUGAUUGAGGAUUGUGAAGCCUCGUUUUCAGGUUAUAUAAUUUUCUAUAAUUUUUUAUGUAAAUAGAAAAAUUCGUAUGAAACAAAUGAUGUGAAAACAGUGACGAGAACAAUCUUUGGACGAAUUUGAUAAAAGAUAUAUUGCAAUUCAUCAGUUUUAAUGUCUUUUGAUAUAAUGCGUGGAAUAUUCAACAAUGCUAUUCUAUAUUACAUUUGUUAGAAUAUCUAGGCCUGGUAAACCGAAUUCAGAGUAAAUGAGUAAAACUAACACUCAUAUGCAAUUUCUCUAGGAACCAUUUAUUAGACUAGAUUUGAACUGAGUCAAAUUGUAUUUCGUUUUUUACAUCCUCUUUAAGAUUUAUUAAAUCGUAAUACACGAUAAUCACCGUGUGUAUUGAUAGAAAAAAUUAUUUCCUUUUUUCGGCCUAAAUUAUUUAUUUGUCUUCUGUUAUUGGUAGCUC